ACUGAUAACAAAUCCACCAAACAAAAAUACACUAUCCACAAUAAAAAACAAACCGGGUACAACAUAAUAGAACAGAUAUUUAAAAAAGUCUUAAAAUAACAAUUUAUCAGACUAAGAAGAAAUGUUUUGGUUUUGGAGUAAAACAGGUUUUAGCAGAAACUUUCUCUUGAAAGGUGCUAUAAUAUGUCAAAGGUCGUCGAUCGGGACUUGGUCCCCUCUUGCGACUGCUUUCAACACCAGGCCCAGCACCAAGCUCAGCUUGAGUUUCAGCAACGAGAAAUCGGGUCUUUUUAGGAAAAGUGAGUUGAAGACAUAUGACGGUUUCUUCCUACUCAAAGAAAAUGUUAUUGCUGCAACGGACAUCCUGGUCCAGGAGACUCUUGAUUCAAAAAGAACGAGGAAAAUGGUGGAUAUUUUUGAUGAACUUUCUGAUACUCUAUGUGGUGUCGCCGAUCUCGCAGAAUUUGUUCGUCUGGCACAUCCUCAGCCACAAUUUUCAUAUGCUGCUGAAAAUGCUUGCAUUGCUUUGAGCGGUUUGGUCGAAAAGUUAAACACCAAUCGUGAACUUUACAAUGCGUUAAGAGACACUGUGACAAAUGGGGAUAAAAUGCCUACAACCACUGUCGAUGAUCACGUCGCAUCAUUGUUCCUGUUUGACUUUGAACAGUGUGGCAUCCAUUUGUCAGAAGAGAGUCGGAAAAAAGUCGUCACCCUCAAUGACUACAUUUUACAAUUAGGCCAAAGGUUCAUGUCUGGUGCAGUCAACAGCAGAGCUGUCAAAAUGGAUCUCGUGCCGAAUCAUAUAAGGAAUUUAUUUAGUUCUGAAAAUGGAGAUUUGGUCGUAGGUGGCCUGUACACAGAUGCAGAAAACGAAGUGGCAAGAGAAGUUGCUUAUAAGGUAUUCCUAUCACCUGAUAAGGAACAAGAGUAUUUGUUGGAUGAGUUGCUGAUCUCUAGGUAUAAGCUCGCUCAACUUUGUGGCUUUUCAACUUACUCACACAGAGCAUUAAAAUCAAGUUUAGCAGAGAGCCCGUCCAAUGUCUGGGAGUUUCUUGUCUCUCUAAGUGACAACUUGAGGACGAGGGUUGAUGAAGAUUUCAGUUUUAUGCUCAAAAUCAAGAAAGAAGUUAACCCUUCAGCCACGAGCUUGUCAGCAUGGGACAUUCCUUUUAUUACACAAAAAGCGAAAAGGAAUUGGUUGAAAGCAGAAAACUCACAAUUUUCCCCUUAUUUCUCACUCGGGACUUGCAUGGAUGGUCUGAACAACUUGAUGGAAAGUUUAUAUGGAAUAUCCUUUGCAAUUGAAAACACAGCGGUAGGGGAGACUUGGGCGCCAGAUAUUUACAAACUAGCCGUUGUGCACAAGGACGAGGGACUUCUCGGCCACAUCUACUGCGAUUUCUAUGAGAGGGAAAACAAACCGAACCAAGAUUGCCAUUUUACAAUCAGGGGAGGAAAGAAGCUAACAAAUGGAAGCUACCAGAACCCAAUAGUUGUUGUCAUGCUAAAUGUCCCAUCACCUAAGUGGAACUUGCCAAGUCUGUUAACACCGGCGAUGGUUGAUAACUUGUUUCAUGAAAUGGGUCAUGCCAUGCACUCAAUGCUCGCGAGAACAGAUCAUCAGCAUGUCACUGGGACAAGAUGCACGAUGGACUUCGCUGAAGUUCCUUCUGUUCUCAUGGAAUAUUUUGCUUCUGACCCAAGGGUAUUGAGAACGUUUGCCAAACAUUAUGAAACACAGGAACCUAUGCCUGAGGACAUGAUACAUAAGCUCUGUGAUUCAAAGCACGUUUUUGGUGCAUCGGACAUGCAAUUGCAGGUGUUUUACUCUCUUUUAGACCAAAGAUACCAUGGGCCACAUCCAUUAUCAGGGACGACAACUGAAGUGCUUGCUGACACCCAUAAUGAAUAUUAUGGCAUCCCUUAUGUGCCGCAUACUGCUUGGCAGCUGAGGUUUUCCCAUCUUGUCGGCUAUGGCGCUAAGUACUACUCAUACCUGAUGAGCCGAGCGGUCGCUUCGUUAAUAUGGCAAAACCUCUUUGAAGAGAACCCCUUCAGCAGCAGCCAGGGUGAGCGCUACAGAAGAGAAUGCCUCGCCCAUGGUGGUGGAAAACCUCCUCAUUCUCUUAUAAAAGACUUUUUACAAUUUGACCCAACCCCACAAACCCUCGCCACAGCGCUCAUUAACGAUUUAGACCGCCAUAAAGUAUUGUGAUGAUGUAUUAUAUGUUCAGGAUUCAUUUUAAGUGUUUUGUUGACAACACAUUUCAUUGAAAUACAGGAAACAAUGUUUUUUAUCAUAUUGUUUUAUUGUUAAUCAUGUAUGUAUUAUAAAAAAUGUACAUGAGAGGGUGUAAAUUAAGUUUUACAAACUGUACCAAGGACCUAAGUCAAGGUUUAUCUUCAAAUUAUUGCAAAACGGUCAUGCGUUCUUGGAUUGGUGCUUUUUUGCAAUUUUACAGUCACUGUUUUUGAAUUAUAUUACAAAAUUACUUUCUGUUGGUUUUUUUUCUUUUUA